AGGACCAUGGGGGCAGAGAAAACGGCACCGCACCGUAUUUAAGGCUCUCCGACGAAAAACCAGCUCCUUCCUCACGGGACCCGCUCCUGCUUCUUCUGCAAGCGCACGGUGAUCGAGCGUUGGGCAUCGACAAUGGAGAAGCUGAGGAGAGCAGUGAGCGAAAUCGCGUACUCGCGAGAUCGCUCGAAGCUCUCCUCGCUGCACCGCUCUCUCUUGCCUCUUCUGUCCCUCGCCUCCUCCGUGUACGGCCUCGCUCUCUCUCUCCGCCACCAUCUCUACCGCUCCCGUCUCUUUUCCAAGCGCCGGUUGCCGGUGCCGGUGAUAAGCGUGGGGAAUUUGACUUGGGGAGGCAAUGGGAAGACACCGAUGGUCGAGUUCAUUGCAGCUCUACUAGCUGAUUCUGGCAUUUCGCCUCUUAUUCUCACCCGGGGUUAUGCUGGUGGGGAUGAAGCUAGAAUGCUUCGAAGGCAUCUCCUUGGGAAGCCAGCAAAAGUUGGUGUUGGCGCUAAUCGAGCAGUAACUGCUGCUGCUUUCAUUGAAAAGUAUGGUUACCGUGACCUACAAAAUGGGAGAAAAAGCGGGAGCAAUGAUCAAAUUUGUUUCAAUCACUGCUCUGAGGAAAUUGGUGCUGCAAUUCUAGAUGAUGGAAUGCAGCACUGGCAAUUGUUGCGUGAUCUGGAUAUAGUGAUGGUUAAUGGGUUAUGCCCAUGGGGAAAUCAUGAGUUACUUCCACUUGGACCUCUGCGAGAGCCUUUAACAGCACUUGGGAGAGCAAAUAUUGCUGUUAUACAUAACGCAGAUCUGGUGUCUGAGCAAACUCUCGCAAGCAUUGAGUCUGCUAUUCGAGAAUUCAACAAAUCUAUAAAAGUUUUCUUCACUAAAAUGGCUCCAUCAUACUUCUUUGAAGUGGUGAACAUGAAUUCCAUUAUACCUCUAGAGGCAGUGUCCAACAAUGUUGUAUUAUGUGUCUCUGCAAUUGGUUCUGCUGAUGCUUUCGUCAAGAGUGUGGAAAAGCUUGGAGCUAUUCACGUUGAACGGUUGGACUUCAGCGACCAUCACUUAUUUCAGACUAUGGAAAUUGAGAUGAUUAAGAAGCAGCUUGAGGACUUGGAGAGCAAAUUUAGUUCCAGGCCAACCGUCAUUGUUACAGAAAAGGAUUAUGAUCGAGAUCCAGAGAUUCUGAAACAUCUGAGUCCUUACAAAGCUUUGGCGCUCUCUGCCAGGUUGCAGUUUAUUCCUCACAAAGGAUGCAGUGGAAUUUGCUUCAAGAAUUUGUUGGAGGAACUACUGCAAGUAAAAUUGACAGGCUAUGCAAAAAGACCAUCAACCAUUGAUCUUCCUGUUCCUAGAUCCUUCACCUAAGUCCAUCUCAACUCAUUUUUCUACAUUUAAGGGUUUGCGGGAAGAAGUGCUUCUUCAACAAAUGAACCAGAGAAACAUCCGACCCCGGAAGUUGGAGCCUACAGGAAUAUGAAGCACGUUUAUCUUAGCUGCAUAGGUGCGAAAAAAACCCGAGUGGGUAGACAAUACAUCUAACAGACAAAAAUUUCACCUCUGUUCUUGUAUUAUCCUUUCCCCUUUUUGUGCCAAUCCAGUGCUAUUUUCUAUUUGC